AUCUUUUCUUCUAUCUUCUCUCUCCACAUAAAAUAAUUGGGUUUUUUUUUUUUUCUCUCUCUCUCUCUCUAGCUUAUCUUGUCGCCGGCGGGAGAGCUCUCGCCGGAGUUUGUUUUUCCUUCUGAAGUCUUCCUUGCUCAAGUUACUGUCGAAACCUUGUAAGCUCAUUUUGGUAGUAAUUCAAUGGGGGAAGCAUGCAAAGAUGGUGUCAACCAGCUUCCAGUUUCAGAGUCACUACUGGACCUCGGCCUCUCCUUAGGCGGCUGUUACAGCCAAAUUCCCUCGGCGAUCCCCCUGACUAUCCGAAACCCGCCGCUCAGAGGAAACCCGACCCGAAACGACGCCGUGCUCACUGAUUUCUUCGCUGUGUCGCCGCCGAAGAAGCCGACGGCGGCAGAGCUGGAGGUGAGGAGGGUGAAGGCAAUUCAGGCGAGGAAGAGAUUUGAGGCCAAGAAGAGGCUGGUGGAGAAGCAGAGGAGGGGAGGAUUUGGCGGCGGCGGUUGUAAGGAGGAGAAGAGUCCGGCGGCGGCGGAGAGUGAAUCUGCUGGUUGGGCAAUCGACUCGGCUUCGAGGAACAAUGCUUUUUGUCGAGCCAUGGGGAAACUCCAGAGCAAUGUGGGUCCAUCUCACAGCCUAAGGACUCAAGGUGCUGAGACUUCAAUUCCAACGAAAUUUCCCACCAUUUCCCAGCCCGCAUUCAUCUCUAUGGCAAAGGACAAUGGAAAAUCACUCUUGGCCAAUUACAGAUCAGACGGAAAAUCGCCUAUACCCGGAAGCUCUCUAUCGACCUCUGCGGCUAUGGCCAAUAAAAUGGCAAAUGGGAAACGACUCGCAUCUUCUGACUCUCGCCCCGAAACUGAGCAAUACCGAAAACUUAAGAAGGGGAGGGUCUUACCCGAUGGUGCUCUAAUGCUGAACGAACUGUUUACACAAAUGCCUAGUGUUAUCACUACCGGUAAUGGUCCCGAGGGGAGGAAAAUAGAGGGGUUUCUAUUCAGGUACUUGGAAACAACAGUGAGGAUCGUCUGCGUUUGCCACGGCAGCUUUCUCUCUCCCGAGGAUUUUGUCAAGCAUGCCGGUGGAGGCGAAGUGAGAAACCCCAUGAAACACAUCACUGUCUUGGCGUCGCCCUUUUAACUAAGUGCAUUGCGUUUGAAGAAUGAGGAGAAAAAAGGCUAAUGAGCCUUCUCUGGUUCUCCCUCUUUAAGAUGUAAAGGGUAAAAGUUCUUUCGCUUCACAUGCAAUGUUGUGAAGGGUUUGUUUGUUUUGUCUUUUUUUUUUUUUUUAAAUUUUUUAUUUUGGGGUACGUCCUUUUCCUUCCCUUUGUGUGGGAAAUCAAAAACUUGAAAGUGCUUAUAAAGUUUUUACUUCUUGA